UUGGCCCAUGGACCACCUCAUGUACGUGCUAUGUCAGCAAAAUCAUCAUUCAAAACUGAAUUAGGAGGCAUUUAUACAAUCUUAUUAUUCCAGAGGCUUCAGUGGCCCACAAAAAUGCCAUAGAUAGAGUUCUGUUUUUUUACAUAAACAUGAGCCUUUUUUCUUACAUUAAUAAGGUGAGGAUGUCCUAGCACCAGUACAUACGUACGGGGCUAGCAAUUCAUGCUCUUAAUCAAGACGAAGGAUACUCUAUGGUUGCAGCCCCUAUUCUAGAAGACUGUCGUCGAGAUUUAAGAAAGGCUUGUGUUGUGUUUUGUAAAAGGGAAUCUAAUGUAGUAGCAUAUGUGCUAGCUAGCAGGGGUCGUGAAAAACCAGCCUUGGUUUGGUUUGAUUCACCCCCAGGGUUUAUCGUUAAGUUUGUUACAAACGAUGUAGCUGUGGUUUGAUUUUAAUAAAGUUAGCUACGAUGGUCUUCCCCUAAAGUAUGAGCUCAUAUGUUUGCCUCCCGAGGGCAGUGUUUGAAUAUCACCUUCACAAGGAUGGUCUCCCCUAUAAAAUAGUUUGGACCAUCGCCAUACAAACAACUAAACUAUUAGUCGAUUACAUCUUUUAAGUGAGUUAGAAACUACACAGUAAAGCCAAGUCUACAAUCAUCAUAAAGUUGAGCUUAAUGUUUGAAGCCGUUGUGAAUUGCCCACACUCAUCUCUAAGCAUGCUUCCCAUCGACCCUUAUUGGUUUUCACUAUUAAAACUCGUGCUUGUUAUUAACCUUCCGCAUUUUUAGGGGUUGUGUGUGCAUCGAAAACAAAUGCAAAAUAGGUACUACGCUCCACAAACUUACUAAAAAAACAUAAAAUCAACUUCAAACUCUCAAAAGGAAAAUAAAUCUAAAACCAAAUCUGCAUCUACAUAAAUAUGUCAACUAUUGACAUAUAUGGUUGUAUACUAAUAUAUAUGUCUAAUUUUGGGCUAUACAAAGAACAAAUAUGUGGACAAAAAUUGGACCAACUAUUUGCUAUUAUUAUGGAUCCACAAAAAAAAUUCCUAUUGGUACUUCACAAGUCAGUACAUUAUUUAUUAGUAGAAUUUCACAGUAUGAGUUUUACAUUAGCUUUUUCUAUACACCGGGUUUCCUUUGCAAUUUCCUCAAUCUUCUUUUUUUGAGGGGCUGGAAUUUCUUCAAUCAAAAGAAAAGAAAAAAAGAUGCACUUUCACGGGGCGCACUUCAUUUCAGUGCAUCGGAUCCACUCCAUCACACCCCACAUCGCAUCAGUGAGCAAGUAGGGCAGAUCUAGGAAAAAAAAACAGUGAGUAGGGCGAGAUGAGCCGCCGCUUCCCUUCGCCGACGGCGGCACCGCCGCUGGAGGACGAAAACCUGCUCUCCGAGAUCCUCCUCCGCCUCCCCCCGCAGCCGUCCUCCCUCCCUCGCGCCUCGCUCGUCUCCAAUCGCUGGCGCCGCAUCGCCUCCGACCCCGGCUUCUCCCGCCGCUUCCGCCGCCACCACCGCCCCAACCCUCCGCUGCUCGGUUUCUUCGACAUGUACGGCUGCCGCUCCUUCGUGCCUACCCUCGAGGCCCCGGAUCGUUUCCCGCCCGGGCGCUUCUCCCUGCAGCGCGGCGACGACGACUGGUUCUGGUCCCUUGGAAGCCGCCAUGGCCUGGUGCUAAUCUUGAACAGACCCACGAACCAGUUGCUGGUGUGGGACCCCGUCACCUGCGACAAGCACUGGAUUGCCGUGCCCCCGGGAUUCGAGUGCGACUCGGACAGCCCGAUCGGCGGGGCGGUGCUUCGCUAUGCCGUAGACGACCACCACUUCCUGGUGGCCUUGGUAAGCACCACCGAGAAACAAGACCAUACAAGAGCCAUCGCCAGCGCUUACUUGUCGGAGACCAACACAUGGAGUGAUAUAAUCUCAACACCGCUUCCACCGGCAUCCGAAUCCCGCUUCCAAUUGCAAGCAGAAGACUUGCCACCGUUUGAAUGUCCGACCAUGAUUUAUUGCAGCAUACCUGCUGUGCUGGUUGGGGAUUCCCUUUACUGGUGGCUUCGGGAUAGCUCGUACAACAUCCUCCAAUUUGAUUUGGAUAGGGACUGCCUAACCGUGAUACCUGCACCGGUGGACUUGUAUGACAGCGAUAUCCACUUCUCGGUUAUGCGGGCAGAUGAUGGAGGGCUUGGUUUCCUAUUUGUAUCAAAGUUCAGUGUUCAAUUGUGGAAGACGAAGGUCAUUUUGUGACUGUUUCGCUUCGUGGGUGUUGGGAAGAACUAUUGAAAUGGACAAGCUAUUUCCGCUGGAUUCAAAGGAGAGAGGGUCUCCAAUGAUAGUAGGAUUUGCUGAGGAGAAUAAUGUGGCUCUCAUGUGGACAGAAGGCAGUCUCUUCAUGUUCCAGCUUGAGUCGUUGCAGCUCAAGAAGCUCAUGGAAACCAGAAUCUCUUUCUAUCAACCAUUCGAAAGUGUCUAUACUGCAGGUAAUAGCUUGCUUUACAACCUGUGUAUAACAAAAGAAAGUUUGUUUUCGAUAAUUGGUUGAUGAAAAUACGUACU